CCCUUUCCAAUGGCCCCACCUCGCUUGGGGUUUCUGCUCUUCCUGGCUUGCUGCUUCUCCUGCUCCAAAACACAGCUCCUGGACUGGGUUUGGGAUAGCACGAAGACCACAGGAAGCCCAGCAGUACUCGGUGAGGGAAUCCCGGCAUCGGAGCCUCCAACCUCAGCCACAGCUCUGCCUCCCAGCCCGUCCUCAGGGAUACGGGGUGGUGAGGUGGCAGGAAAUGUCACCAUCCCAUGGCAGCAGGAGCCAGAUCCUGCUACAGCAGCACCUGUGGGUAAGGGAACCGCGGCCCAAACCACGGAGCAGUGGGACAGGAAUGCCACGGGGCUGGUGGAGAGCACAGCGUGGCCAAGCAUCGCUCCUCUCCACAGCAUGUCACCUGCCCCAGGACAGCAGGCAGCCAGCACUGAUGACUCCCAGCUCCUGGGGUCAGGGACCACUGAAGACCUGCAGCUCCUGGGGUCAGAGACCUCUAAGGACCCCCAGCUUUUGUGGUCAAGGACCACUGAGGACCUGCAGCUCCUGGAAACAGGGACCGCUGAGCAUCUGCUACUCCUGAGGAUGAGGACUACCAAAGACCCCCAGUUCCUGGAGUCAGUGACCCCCAAGGAUCCACAGCUCUUGGAGACAGGGACUGCUGAGGACCUGAAGUUGCUGGGGUCAGGGACUACUGAGAACCCACAGCUCUUGGGGGCAGGGACCACUGAGGACCCACAGCUCCCAGGCAUGAGGACCACUGGGAAUCUACAGCUCCUGGCAAUGAGGAACACUCAUUUCCUGAGGACAGUGACCACUGAGAACCCAGAGCUUCUGGGGAACACUGAGAACCCACAGUUCCUGAGGACGAUAACCACCAAGGACCCAGAGUUCCUGGGGACAGGAACUUCUACAGCAAUGGAGACACAGGUGUCCUUGCAGAGACCAGCUGGUCUCCAGCCAGGUAGUGCCCCUUUUCCUUUCUCACCAGGUGACAGUACGCAUGGCAGCGGCCACCCGGGGCUGGCUCUGGCCAGCAGGAAGGAGAGCCAGAGUCUCCCUUGGCCUGACCAGAGGUUGGAUAAGGGUGUGGAUUCUCCUGCUGCCGAUAACUCUGUCCCUCUGGAGUUCGAUUUACUAACUGCUACCAUGCAGCUCUCCAGGAGUGACAGUGCGGGGCUCACAUCCUUCUUUCUGGGACUGAUACCAGCGGCCGGCCGUUGCCAGCCCAUCCCGACCCACCUGCCUUUCUGCAGCGUGCUGGGCACCAGCCAUGUCCGAUUGCCAAAUUACCUUCAGCAUAGCAGCGAGGAGGAAAUUCGGGCAGCUUUGCAUGAGUGGGAGGGGCUGCUUGAGUCGCGGUGCCAUCACUACCUGGAGUGGUUCCUCUGCUUGCUGCUGCUCCCUGGCUGUAGCCCCUCGGUCCCCGUAACCCCCCCGCCGUGCCAGGGCUUCUGCGAGGCCGUCAGAGACCUGUGUUGGAGUCACUUGGCCGGCAGGCGCCUGCCUCUGCCUUGCGAUGCUCUCCCUGAGGAGGAUGAAGGGGUUUCUUGUGUCUUUAUUAAUGCUUCUGCAGAGAGCCUGAGUGCUGAGAUCAGCCUGCUGGAGCUGAUUGGGGACCCACCAACAGAGGAGAUCCACAGAAUUUAUGGCCCUGACAACAACCCAGGCUACGUCUUCGGUCCCAAUGCCAACACGGGCCAGGUGGCCCGGUACCACCUGCCGAGCCCUUUCUACCGGGACUUCUCGCUGCUGUUCCACAUCCAGCCCACCACGCCCCGGGCUGGCGUGCUCUUUGCUGUCACGGACGCCUCGCAGAGCAUCAUCUACGUGGGAGUCAAGCUCUCGGAGCUGCGCGCGGGCCAGCAGCAGAUCAUCUUCUACUACACGGAGCCGGGCUCGCCCAGCUCCUACCCAGCAGCCACCUUCACCGUGCCCACCCUGCUCAACCAGUGGACGCGCUUUGCCAUCAGCGUGGAGGAGGAUGAAGUUGUCCUCUACCUGGACUGUGAAGAGCACGAGCGCGUCCGCUUCGAGCGCUCCCCAGAUGAGAUGGAGUUGGAAGAGGGCUCCGGGCUCUUUGUUGCUCAGGCUGGAGGGGCUGACCCGGAUAAAUACCAGGGGGUGAUUGCAGAUUUGAAACUCCGAGGGGACCCGCGGGCGGCUGAGCGCCAGUGUGAGGAAGAGGAGGAUGAUGCAGAGGUCUCUGGGGAUUUUGGCAGUGGGAUGGAAGGUGGACAGCAGUCCUUAAGCAAGGUUGAGGGUGUCCCAGGGCUGGUGGAUGCUGUCCCUGUGACCUCCCCCCCCGUGGUGGGGGGCAGUGGCCCGAGGAGUGGCGGGGGGUCCCUGCAGCAAGCUGAGAGGACCAGAGCGGAGGAGACGCUGCGGGUCUCUAUGGGAGGCACCGGUCAGAAAGGCGAAAAGGGAGAGAAGGGGGAACGUGGCUUGAAAGGGGACUCGGGGACCAGUGGCAUUGCAGGGCCAGGCAGUGUCAAGGGUCAAAAGGGGGAGAAAGGAGACCUGGGUGUCAAGGGCAGUGCUGGAUUUGGCUACCCUGGCUCUAAGGGCCAAAAAGGAGAACCAGGUAACCCUGGACCCCCUGGGACCCUCUCUCGGCAUGCUGAUGGCUCAGUGGUUGAGCAGGUCACCGGGCCCCCAGGGACACCAGGGAAGGACGGAGCCCCUGGCAGGGAUGGCGAGCCUGGAGAUCCUGGCGAGGACGGCAAACCUGGUGAAAUGGGGCCCCCAGGGUUCCCCGGGAUGCCGGGGGAGCCGGGCCUGAAGGGGGAGAAGGGUGACCCAGGCAUGGGGCCGAGAGGACCCCCUGGACCACCUGGCCCUCCAGGACCACCGGGACCCUCCUCCAAGAACGACAAGCUGACCUUCAUUGACAUGGAGGGCUCUGGCUUCGGUGGUGACCUGGAGAGCCUGCGGGGUCCACGAGGGCCACCUGGUCCCCCAGGGCCACCUGGCGUGCCCGGUUUGCCAGGGGAGCCAGGGCGUUUUGGGAUGAACUGCACAGACCUGCCAGGACCACCUGGACUGCCGGGCAGGGACGGGAUCCCUGGGCCCCCGGGGCCAGUGGGUCCUCAGGGUCCUCCAGGAAGAGAUGGGGAGGUUGGGCAGUCGGGGCCCAAAGGAGAGCAGGGAGAUAUGGGUGACCUUGGCCUCCCUGGCCUACCAGGACCCAAGGGCAACAAAGGAGAAAUGGGACCAGCAGGACCCCCGGGAGAAAUGGGCUUAGCUGGCCUUCCUGGGCCCAUCGGACCCCAAGGGCAGCCAGGACCCCCUGGCCCCCCAGGACCACCAGGGCCAGGCUACGAGGCUGGAUUUGGUGACAUGGAGGGCUCAGGGCUGUCAUUCACCCCUGGACCACCUGGGCCUGAAGGACCACAGGGUGUGCCGGGACUGCCGGGGGUGAAGGGAGAGGUCGGCAGCCCUGGACAGCCUGGCUUGCCAGGCCCAAAGGGAGAUGCUGGCAUGCCUGGCAUGGAUGGCCGCCCUGGCCCGGAGGGCUUCCCUGGACCACAGGGACCCAAAGGUGACAAAGGCAGCACCGGUGAGAAGGGAGAGCGAGGCCAAGAUGGAGUGGGGCUUCCUGGCCCCCCUGGUCCUCCUGGACAGGUCAUCAGUGUCUCCAGUGAAGAUAAGUCUUUGGUGGCUUUUCCUGGUCCAGAGGGUAGACCAGGCCGUGCUGGCUUCCCGGGGCCGGUGGGACCGAAAGGAGACCAGGGGUCAACUGGUCCCCAGGGUGCCCCAGGAUUGAAGGGGGAGAAGGGGGAGCCCGGCGUCAUCAUCAGCCCUGAUGGGACUGUGGUCACUGCCAAGGUGAAAGGAGAAAAGGGGGAGCCAGGGCUGCAAGGCCCAAUGGGACCAUCGGGUCCCCCAGGACGAGCAGGGAUGAAGGGAGAGAUCGGCUUUCCAGGCAGACCCGGACGUCCCGGCAUGAAUGGGCUGAAGGGCGAGAAGGGUGACCCCGCAGACGUGCUGGGCUUGCGGGGUCCCCCAGGACCCCCAGGACCCCCAGGGCCCCCUGGGCCACCUGGCAGCAUAGUCUACAACAAUGGCAAUACCUUCAGUGACUCCAGCCACCCGGCGUUCCGUGGUUUCCACCAGUUCUCAGGACAAAAGGGAGAGAAAGGUGACACUGGACCCCCAGGACCCCCAGGCCAGUUCCCCUAUGAUGCAAGUCACUUUGGUACCAGCCUGCAGGGUGACAAGGGAGAUGCAGGUCCCAAGGGUGAGAAGGGUGAGCCAGGCAGCACCCCACUCUACGGUCCUGGAGUCUCUGGACUUCCAGGGCCUCCAGGGCCCCAGGGAUACCCCGGGCUGCCGGGUCCCAAGGGGGACAGUAUUGUUGGUCCACCGGGGCCUCCAGGACCUCAGGGUCCCCCUGGUAUCGGAUAUGAGGGGCGGCAGGGCCCCCCUGGCCCUCCUGGUCCGCCUGGACCACCCUCCUUCCCAGGUCCCCACAGACAAGCUGUCAGCAUCCCUGGACCCCCAGGACCCCCAGGACCCCCUGGACCACCAGGCAGUAGCGGGAUGUCCUUGGGGCUCCAGGCCAUGCCCACAUACCAGGCGAUGCUGAGUGCUGCGCACGAGCUGCCCGAGGGCAGCCUCGUCUUCCUGACGGACCGGGAGGAACUCCACGUCCGCCUGCGCGGGGGCUUCCGCAGGGUGCUGCUGGAGGAGCACAACCUGAUUCCCAGUUCGGCUCUGGACAACGAGGUGUAUGACAAGCCACCCACCCUCCACUACGCCGGCCCCCAGCCCCGUGGGCCCCUGCACCCGCUCCACAACCACGUCCCCUCGGCCACUGCCCGUCCCUGGCAUGGGGACGAAGUUGUGGCCAACCAGCACCGCCUGCCUGAGCAGCCCCUGCUCCACCAUCAGCAUGAACUCAUCAAUGGGUACUACAUCCACCGCCGGCCAGAUCCUGCCCCCGUGGCCGCCCAUGUGCACCAGGACUUCCAGCCCGCUCUUCAUCUGGUGGCCCUGAACACCCCGCUGAGUGGUGGCAUGCGUGGCAUCCGGGGCGCUGAUUUCCAGUGCUUCCAGCAAGCCCGGCAGGUUGGGCUGGCUGGCACCUUCCGUGCCUUCCUGUCCUCGCGCCUGCAGGAUCUCUACAGCAUUGUGCGCCGGGCCGACCGAGCCGCUGUCCCCAUCGUCAAUCUCAGGGAUGAAGUGCUCUUCAGUAACUGGGAAGCCCUUUUCACGGGUAGUGGGGCCCCGCUGAGAACUGGUGCCCGCAUCCUCUCCUUUGACGGCCGGGAUGUCCUACGGGAUGCAGGAUGGCCGCAGAAGAGCAUCUGGCAUGGCUCAGAUGCCAAGGGUCGGCGCCUGCCCGAGAGCUACUGCGAGACAUGGCGGACAGAGGAGCGUGCAGUGAGGGGCCAGGCUUCCUCUUUGGCCUCUGGAAAACUGCUGGAGCAGGCGGCCAGCAGCUGUCAGCACGCCUUCAUUGUCCUCUGCAUUGAGAACAGCUUCAUGACUGCUACCAAAAAGUGAUACCUGCCCUGGCACUCCCAAGUACCC